AAUUUCAAAAGGGAAGAGCAGAACUUUGUGGUACAAAAUGAAAUCAACAACAUGUCAUUCCUUAUCAGUGACAACAAAUCUAAGAUGUCUAAGGCAGCAGUUUCUGACCAGGAGAGAAAAAAGAUGAAGCGAAAAGGUGACCGAUACUCUAUGCAGACUUCUCUCAUUGUAGCAGCACUGAAGAGAUUACUUCCCAUUGGCCUAAACAUUUGUGCUCCUGGAGACCAGGAGCUAAUUGCACUGGCCAAAAAUCGCUUCAGUAUGAAAGACACUGAAGAUGAAGUACGAGAUAUCAUCCGUAGUAAUCUUCAUCUCCAGGGCAAGCUUGAGGAUCCCGCCAUUAGGUGGCAGAUGGCACUUUACAAAGAUUUACCAAACAGGACUGAAGAUUCUUCAGAUCCAGAGAAGACUGUGGAAAGGGUCCUUGAUAUAGCUAAUGUACUGUUUCACCUGGAACAGGUUGAGCAUCCUCAGCGGUCCAAAAAAGCAGUGUGGCAUAAGCUGCUGUCUAAACAGAGGAAAAGAGCAGUAGUUGCCUGCUUUAGAAUGGCACCAUUGUAUAAUCUGCCAAGGCACCGAGCCGUCAAUCUCUUUCUUCAAGGCUAUGAUAAAUCGUGGAUUGAAACAGAAGAGCACUAUUUUGAAGACAAACUGAUAGAAGACUUAGCAAAACCUGGGGAGGAACCAGCAGAAGACGAUGAAAGCCUUAAGAGAGUUGAUCCUUUACAUCAACUUAUUCUCCUAUUCAGUCGAACAGCCUUGACUGAAAAAUGCAAAUUGGAAGAAGAUUUCCUGUAUAUGGCCUAUGCUGACAUUAUGGCAAAGAGCUGCCAUGAUGAAGAAGAUGAUGAUGGUGAAGAAGAAGUGAAGAGUUUUGAAGAAAAAGAAAUGGAAAAACAAAAACUUCUGUAUCAGCAAGCCAGACUGCAUGACCGAGGUGCUGCUGAGAUGGUUCUACAGACGAUCAGUGCUAGUAAAGGUGAGAUGGGUCCAAUGGUUGCAGCUACCCUAAAGCUAGGGAUUGCUAUCUUGAAUGGAGGAAACUCUACUGUUCAACAGAAAAUGCUUGACUACCUCAAGGAUAAAAAGGAUGUGGGAUUUUUUCAGAGCCUUGCUGGUCUUAUGCAGUCCUGUAGUGUUCUUGACCUAAAUGCAUUUGAACGUCAGAACAAAGCAGAAGGCCUUGGGAUGGUGACUGAAGAGGGAUCAGAUUUUCAGAAUUACCUGAGAACUCAGACUGGUAACAACACAACUGUUAAUAUUAUCAUUUCCACUGUGGAUUACUUAUUAAGAGUUCAGGAAUCCAUUAGUGAUUUCUAUUGGUAUUAUUCUGGGAAGGAUGUUAUUGAUGAACAAGGACAACGAAAUUUUUCCAAAGCUAUCCAGGUUGCAAAACAAGUUUUCAAUACUCUGACAGAGUAUAUCCAGGAUUCCAGUCAAAUUGAAUUACUGAAGGAAUUAAUGGAUCUUCAGAAAGAUAUGGUUGUCAUGUUGCUGUCUAUGCUGGAAGGUAAUGUUGUGAAUGGAACUAUUGGCAAGCAGAUGGUCGAUAUGCUUGUGGAAUCGUCCAACAAUGUGGAGAUGAUUCUGAAGUUUUUUGAUAUGUUCUUAAAAUUGAAGGAUUUGACUUCCUCUGAUGCAUUCAAAGAAUAUGACCCUGAUGGUAAAGGAUUAAUUUCAAAGAGGGAUUUUCACAAGGCAAUGGAAAGCCACAAGCAUUACACCCAGUCUGAAACUGAGUUUCUGCUAUCAUGUGCUGAAACAGAUGAGAAUGAGACUCUGGACUAUGAGGAGUUUGUGAAACGAUUCCAUGAACCUGCUAAAGACAUUGGUUUCAAUGUUGCUGUUCUCCUGACCAACCUGUCAGAACACAUGCCCCAUGAUACCCGCUUGCAAACUUUUCUUGAACUGUCAGAGAGUGUGCUGAAUUACUUUCAGCCUUUCCUUGGACGCAUAGAAAUCAUGGGCAGCGCAAAGCGCAUUGAACGAGUUUAUUUUGAAAUAAGUGAGUCAAGUCGGACUCAGUGGGAGAAACCUCAGGUGAAAGAAUCAAAGAGACAAUUUAUAUUUGAUGUUGUAAAUGAAGGUGGGGAGAAAGAAAAGAUGGAGCUUUUUGUUAAUUUCUGUGAGGAUACCAUCUUUGAAAUGCAACUGGCUGCCCAGAUCUCUGAAUCAGAUCUAAAUGAAAGGUCAGCAAGUAAAGAGGAGAAUGAGAAAGAUAAGCCUGAGGAACAGGAUCCUAGAAUGGGUUUCUUCUCUCUUGUGACCAUGAAGUCAGCAUUAGUAGCUCUUAAAUAUAACCUAAUGACUCUUAUGAAAAUGCUCAGCAUGAAGAGCCUAAAGAAACAGAUGAAAAAAGUGAAGAAAAUGACCAUGAAGGACAUGGUCAUGGCUUUGUUUUCUUCCUAUUGGAGCAUUUUGGUGGGCUUACUACAUUUUGCUUGUAGUGUUGUCCGGGGCUUCUUUCGCAUCAUAUGCAGUUUGCUGCUUGGAGGAAGCCUAGUAGAAGGAGCAAAGAAAAUCAAGGUUGCUGAGCUAUUAGCUAAUAUGCCAGAUCCCACUCAGGAUGAGGUGCGUGGGGAAGGAGAAGAGGGGGAGAGGAAGCCAACGGAAGCUGUAUUACCUACAGAAGACUUGACAGAUCUGAGAACUUUAUCAGAUGAGAGUGACCUACUCUCAGAUAUAUUUGGUUUGGAUUUGAAACGAGAAGGUGGACAGUAUAAACUGAUCCCUCACAAUCCAAAUGCUGGUUUGAGUGAUUUACUGGGCACUCCAUCCUUAGCUCCAAUGCCUGAGGUGCAGGAAAAAGUCCAGGAGCAGGUGAAAGAAGAUGAAAAGGAAGAAAAGGAGGAAACAAAAUCUGAACCUGAAAAAGCAGAAGGAGAAGAUGGAGAAAAAGAAGAGAAAGCCAAGGAAGACAAAGGAAAACAGAAAUUAAGACAGCUUCAUACUCACAGAUAUGGAGAACCAGAAGUUCAGGAAUCGGCUUUCUGGAAGAAAAUCAUUGCAUACCAACAGAAGCUUCUUAAUUAUUUUGCACGAAACUUUUACAAUAUGAGGAUGUUGGCAUUAUUUGUUGCUUUUGCCAUCAACUUCAUCCUGCUUUUCUAUAAGGUCUCCACCUCUGCUGAAACAGAAGAAAAGGAAGUUCCUGUGAUAUCUACUGGUGAAAGUACCAAGCUGAACAGCCUGGACAGCGAUGACGAGAGGGUCAUUGCAGUGCAUUAUGUCCUGGAAGAAAGCAGUGGCUACAUGGAGCCCACACUGCGGAUUUUGGCCAUCCUACACACAGUCAUCUCAUUCUUCUGUAUCAUAGGGUAUUACUGUUUGAAAGUUCCAUUGGUUAUUUUUAAAAGAGAAAAGGAAGUAGCAAGGAAAUUGGAAUUUGAUGGAUUGUAUAUAACUGAACAGCCAUCAGAAGAUGAUAUAAAGGGACAGUGGGAUAGACUUGUAAUCAACACACAGUCUUUUCCAAAUAACUACUGGGACAAAUUUGUGAAAAGAAAAGUCAUGGAUAAAUAUGGUGAAUUCUAUGGCCGUGACAGGAUCAGUGAGUUACUAGGAAUGGACAAAGCUGCUCUCGAUUUUAGUGAUGCUCGAGAAAAGAAGAAACCAAAGAAGGAUAGCUCCUUAUCUGCUGUGCUAAAUUCCAUUGAUGUUAAGUAUCAGAUGUGGAAAUUAGGAGUUGUUUUCACUGAUAAUUCUUUCCUUUACCUAGCGUGGUACAUGACCAUGUCAGUCCUUGGCCAUUACAACAAUUUUUUCUUUGCUGCUCACCUACUUGACAUUGCAAUGGGAUUCAAGACAUUACGAACUAUCCUGUCAUCAGUGACCCACAAUGGCAAACAGCUUGUUCUAACAGUGGGAUUACUGGCAGUAGUAGUAUACUUGUAUACAGUAGUGGCAUUCAAUUUUUUCCGCAAGUUCUACAACAAGAGUGAAGAUGGUGAUAUGCCAGACAUGAAAUGUGAUGAUAUGCUGACAUGUUACAUGUUUCAUAUGUAUGUUGGAGUACGUGCGGGUGGAGGCAUUGGUGAUGAAAUAGAGGAUCCAGCAGGAGAUGAAUAUGAAAUCUAUCGGAUUAUCUUUGACAUCACUUUUUUCUUCUUUGUGAUUGUCAUCCUGCUUGCAAUUAUUCAAGGUUUAAUUAUUGAUGCUUUUGGUGAAUUAAGAGAUCAGCAAGAACAAGUUAAGGAAGACAUGGAGACAAAGUGCUUUAUCUGUGGAAUAGGAAAUGACUACUUUGACACAGUGCCCCAUGGCUUUGAAACACACACACUACAGGAGCACAACUUGGCCAAUUAUUUGUUUUUUCUCAUGUAUCUUAUUAACAAAGAUGAAACAGAGCAUACAGGACAGGAAUCCUAUGUAUGGAAAAUGUAUCAAGAACGCUGCUGGGAGUUUUUCCCUGCUGGUGAUUGCUUCCGAAAACAAUAUGAAGACCAGCUCAACUAAGCAGAGAUGAGGAUUUCCAGAUGAAAAUCUGUCCAUGUAUUUCCCAGCUCCUUUUGGAAUGUCUAACAAAUUUCUUAAAUCCCCAAAGCUGUGUGCUUUUUGGAGCACCAAAGCUCUGUUUUUAAUGAUCCAACUGCGCUUUUAUUUUCUUGUGUAUUUGCUUUGAGAACACUGGAGUAAAGAACAAUGAAAAAUAACAGGAACUCUGGAAAACAAACCAACCACUUGCACACACAAAAGAUAUCCCUAUACAUAACAUGCACGCAUAUGAAGAGACUUGACAGCUUAUUUCUGAAACUGCCACAUGAUGCCCUUGUCGAGAAGAUCACACAUGGGGUGUCAUGGUAGCAACACUCAUUAAAUCUAUUUAUUUCAUCAUCCUGGAAGGAACUAUAUGUAGUUCACAGAGCACUGUAAAAGAUUGUCGUGGACACUAAGUUGUGGGGAAAUAGUGCCUUACUAUAUGUGGGUUGAGCUAUGCAGAAGAUGAGUACAUGAUGACAUCAUAUUUAUUUUUCUUUAUGUCUCCCCUUUCUUCCAAGUUAAUAUUUAUUUG